GCCGGGCCCCAUGGCUCCCAAGGCGGCUCGCAAGGCGAAGAGGGGGGCCCCAAAGACGCAGGGGGGCUCUGUGGAGGCGGGGGGCCCCGGGGGGGAGGCGCGCGGGCGCAGUGCGCGGGAAGACGAGCUGAGGGUGCUGUUGGAAUCGCGCACAGCGGAACUCCAGCGACUCCGUGAGCGAGCCUCAACCCUCCGGGAACAGAACGAGAUGCUGCAGGCAGAGGCCCAGCAGACGAGACUCGACAGCCAGGAGUACGCGUCGUUCAUGUGGAGACGAGGUGAGAAGAGGAGGGACCUCAUCGUGACCCUCACCGAGCAGAACCGCUCGCACCUGGAGGAGCUGGCUCGGCGCGGGGAGGAGGCCCGGGCAUCCCUGCGAGCACGGAGAGAGGAGUUGACCGCUGUGUUGCUGGAGAAGGAGGCGGAGCUGGCCCAGGUUACGCGUGAGAUGGAGAAACUGAAUGAUGUGCAGGCGCUGCGCCAGCAGGAGGAGGCGGCCGAGCGCCAGCAGGAGGAGGCGCUGCGGCUGGCGCUCCGUGAGCGUCAGCGGCGCGCGGCCGCCCACGCGGAGCAGCGGGAGCGGCGUGCUGAGGAGCACGCAGAGCACGCAGCCUCACGGGCCUCCAGCCUCGAGCGGCAGGCCCACGCGGCCGCGCGUCGCUGCGCGGAGGAGCUGGCCGCGCGCGCGCGCCAGGAGAACGUGCGGAUGCGUGCCGAGCUGCGGGCCCUCGGCCAGGAAGCGCGGGCCCUCGGGGCCCAGGAGAGGGCCCUCAGGGCUCGCAGGGACGCGCUGCGCGCCGAGCUCUCCCCGCCCCGGGGGCCACCGCGCCGCCGCCCCCUCCCGCCGCCGCCGCCGCCGCCGCCGCCGCCGCCGCCGGGCCUCUCCCCCCUCCCCCCUCCGUCUCCCUCCACGCUGCCGCUGUGACGGUGAUGGGCCAGCGGCGCAGCCGAUUGCUGUACUUGCCACAACGCGGUUGCCGCUUUUAUCCGCCUCCCGGGGAUGAUGGGCCGAGUCGACCCCUGGCAGGGGUUGCGACCGAGCGGCGUUCUGCCUGGCGAGUGAGAGCGAUCCGACUGCACCGACCCGGCAAGGAGAUUGUACGAGGAAUGUAACGGUAACCAGUGGUCAAGUGGAGCGAUUGGCAAGGACCCAGGUUCAAGUUAUGGAUGUGGAUUUAUUAUUUGACUUUGGGCCUCUAUGUGAGUCCAUGGAUCCCGAUGUUGAGUAUGUGGAUCUCUGCCCGAGUCUAUGGAUCUCUAACUCUUCGGGCCUCUGUGAGGCUUUGAGUAUCCAUGCGAGCCCAUGAGCCUCCAUCUGAGGCUACAAGUCCAUGGAUCUCUGUUUGAGUCUAUGAGUCUCUAUGUGAGUCCAUGGGGAGUCUGUGGGUCUCUACGUGAGUCCAUGGGUAGUCUAUGAGUCUAUGGGUCACUAUGUGAGUCCUGAGGGUGUCGCAUUCAUUGGCAUGGGCCCCAGUGUAAGGAAUUAAAUGCCCUCCCCUCCCCCCCCUCUUCGUGACCCACCCCCCCCCCCCC